UUCAUCAGGUCCACAGCACCAGGCAUGAAAACAUAAGUGAAAGUAGCUGAUAGACUAUAACUUUAAUAUAACUUUUAGUCUUUGUAUAUAAUAUUUAAACAGAUUAUUCGGCAGCUGUUUGUCUCCGUGUGUCUAUAAAACAAACAGAAACAUGUUUAUCUCUUCAGAAAACUCUCCGCCUGUCUUCAAAGGUUUCACCCUCGUCAUGCCGGCGGUGGCUGUCGGUAACGUGGGCCAGCUGGCGGUGGACCUCAUUGUGUCCACUCUAAACAUGAGCAGAGUGGGCUACCUGCACACAGACUGUCUCAUCCCCAUGGCCGGGAACAACCCGUACCCCACCUGCAAAGAAGACGCUGAGGAGCUGCACACCGCUGCAGAAGUUUACUCAUCAUCACAGCUGAAACUGGCAGUUCUUCAGAUCAGAGCGCCGAUUCUUCAGACUAAAUCCAAAAAGUUCCGUCAGCUGAUCGUUUCCUGGGUCAAAUCCAGUGGGUUCUCCAGGACAGUCGUUCUGUCCAGCAGUCACGCCUACCAGAGGGACGACCAGCAGCUGCAAGGCACCCCUCUGAGGUACCUGCUGACGCCGGCUCUGCAGAAGGUGAGCGAAGAUGCGCUGAAGGAGCUUGGCUGGAGGGAGAUGGAGCGAGUGUCGGCUUUCCCGGGACUAACAGACGGCAACACAGAGCCACGACUCUACAUCCCCGGAGGAGGCAUCACCAAAGGACUCUACACAGACAGUUGUGCGGAGGACGUCUCGCUGGCUGUGCUGUUGAUCUUCUGUUCAGAGGGCGACAACAUCCCAGACGCCUUCGCCCUCGUCAAUCACCUGAACGACUGGCUCCACCUGCUGGACAAUCCUAGCCAACAACCCAACAAAUGGAAGAUCCCGACUUCCUGGAGUCUUCUGUUCGGAAGCGGCAUCCCUCCAGCCCUCUUCUGAAUCUCACAUUUGUAGUUUUUUCCAUUUUCAGUUUAUAAUUGGCUUGUUGGGUCAAAGCUCUCAUAUAUCUGCUUUAUUUUACAGGUGCUUUCCUUUUUAUAUUAGUUUCCUGGAAAUGUUCUGAUGGUUAAUGGUUCAUUCGUAGGACACUUUACAGAGAGGCUUGUGCACCUGGGUACUACAUGUAAGAAAAAAGGUUUUAGGGUGGUUUAGUUGGUAAGUUUUCAGCCUGUAGUUUAAUAGUUUGGUAUGUCCACCUACAUUUUAGUUUUUUUUUUUUAGGAAAUUAUUGAGAAAAAACCUGAUAAAUUUGACACAUAAAACUGCACACUGAAAACUAAAUUUUACUAACAGUUAAGAUGAUGUGCAAAUUCACAACUACAUUCCAAUCCAAAUAUAUUGAGUGGGUUCAAAUAAACCAACUUUUUUUCUUAUAAUUACCACUACCCACACAUUACUCAGAAAGCAUCCAGAAAAUUAGUUUUAAACUAAGGGACCUGUAAAAUAAAGAGUUUCCUUUCACACUUAGUUUUUCCCAUGUCGUUGUUGUUUGAGGCCGUCGUGAAGGUGUGACUGUGACUUACAUCUUGUCAGUUUAACAACAGCUUUGCUUUGUUUACCAAAGCUCAUAAGCCAACAGUACUGCAGUGUGUUUAGUUGAACUGUCUCGAUUACAAGUCUGUUCCUGAAACACGGUUGUAAACUGACCCUUUAAACAUAUUUGGAACCUCUAGUUGUAUAAACAUUACAUCAUGUACUGGAAUUGACCCACACGUGCACUUACCAGUAAUACAACAUUGUGGAUGUUGUUUUGUUUUGUUUUUAUUAAAAGAUUGUCACAUCAGUGUGGAUUUAUCUAGAAUGAUAAAGGCUUUGAUUGUGUUACACUCAUGGCGGGAUCCCAGCCUCCGCCCGUCUAACUGAAAGUGGUUGGCGUAGCGCCACACAGUUUUCCUGGCAGUCCCGCCUAUGUAAUUUGAUUCCUUUCUAAAACU